AGAAGAAGAAGAACGAAGCGCGCCCCCUGCAGGAAUGGAACUUCAUACCACUGCUAAGCCCCUGAUUUCAUGCACCGCCAUAUUGACAACCUAACAACGUUGAGAGGCUUUUUAUCGUGGUGUUGAUUCUAGUGAUGACUCUACUGAGCCCAGUGCCCCCGGAUUAGACUGGUUGGAUGUCCUCCUCAACAUUCAGUUUCUCAACCAUAAAGGCAUCUCAUCCGUUCUUGUUAUACCCCACCUGUCAUCAGCAGCUUGGAGCAAAACUCCAAGGUGAUCCAGAAAAGAUCCUUUUGUAGACUAUGUCAGGCCCGGUUCCAAGCCGCUCUCGAGUUUACCCUGAUGUAAACACACAGAGGCCCCGGGAGUACUGGGACUAUGAGUCCCACGUGGUUGAAUGGGGGAAUCAAGAUGACUACCAACUGGUGCGAAAACUGGGCAGAGGCAAAUACAGUGAAGUGUUUGAAGCCAUCAACAUAACCAACAAUGAGAAGGUUGUCGUCAAAAUACUUAAGCCUGUUAAAAAGAAGAAAAUCAAGAGAGAAAUCAAGAUUCUGGAAAACCUGAGGGGUGGUCCCAACAUCAUCUCCCUUUUAGACAUUGUCAAGGAUCCUGUGUCGCGCACUCCCGCACUGGUUUUCGAACACGUAAACAACACAGACUUCAAGCAAUUGUAUCAAACCUUAUCAGACUUUGACAUCCGGUUCUACAUGUAUGAAAUCCUGAAGGCCCUGGAUUACUGCCACAGUAUGGGGAUCAUGCAUAGAGAUGUCAAGCCACACAAUGUAAUGAUAGACCACGAACACAGAAAGCUUCGUCUGAUCGACUGGGGCUUGGCUGAGUUCUAUCACCCAAACCAGGAGUACAACGUGAGAGUAGCCUCCAGGUACUUCAAAGGCCCUGAGCUGCUGGUAGACUACCAGAUGUAUGACUACAGCCUGGACAUGUGGAGCUUGGGGUGUAUGUUGGCCAGCAUGAUCUUCAGGAAGGAACCCUUCUUCCAUGGCCACGAUAACUACGACCAGCUUGUGCGGAUUGCUAAAGUUCUUGGGACAGAGGAUCUGUAUGAUUACAUUGACAAGUACAACAUCGAACUAGACCCUCGUUUCAAUGACAUUCUGGGCAGACACUCCCGCAAGAGGUGGGAGAGGUUUGUGCACAGUGAGAACCAGCACCUGGUGAGCACUGAGGCCUUGGACUUCCUGGACAAGCUUCUGCGUUACGACCACCAAGCCCGCCUCACUGCCAGAGAGGCCAUGGAUCACGCAUACUUCUACCCCAUCGUCAAGGAUCAGGGAAGAGGGACCACUCCUGGAGGAAUGGCUGCCACCUCCACACCGGUCAGCUCCUCAAGUAUGAUGGCAGGCAUCACCUCGAUGUCUUCCGCACAGCCAAUGGCGAACAUAGCUGGAUCCCCCGUCAUCUCUGCCCCCAACACUUUGGCUACACAAGUCCCAGCCUCCACUGGGGCCCAGCCCUGAAGCGACCUCCUCAUGGCACCCUCCUCGCCUGUGUUUGUGUGCGCCCAUAUCCAGCCUAGCUAGUUCUCAGUGAAGGCCAGGCCCAUGGGUCUCCUUUUUAUUAUGUUGAGAAUAACACAAAAAAAAAAAAGAAUGGAAUUGCUUUUCAUGUUCAGUUAUAUUUUGGGAUCUGAACUUGACAGAAAUGUAUAGUCACACCUGUCAGGAUUAUUAGAAUCAAUAUGGUUGUGUUAUUUCACAAUGCCAGUGUCUAGAAAUUCUAAUACAAUGUAGACAUGAAGAAGAGAAUGGAUAAUAAAAUUUAUUUUGUAUGUCCCAAAUAA